AAGGGAGGUAACCGAGGUGCACAAUCAUCACUGACAACAAGGAAACCUCAUGUCUGUCAGUGAUUCCGACGUGGUACGCCAUUCGGGUGGCUGUCACUGUGGUCGCGUGCAGUUUGAGGUUUGGGCUCCAGCAAUCCUGAAGGUCAUCAAGUGCAAUUGCACAAUAUGUACAAUGAAGCAAAAUCACCACUUCAUCGUACCGGAAUCCAGAUUUCGACUUAUUGAGGGUGCUGAAAACUUGACAACCUACACAUUUAAUACCCAUAAGGCCAAACAUAUGUUUUGUAAAACGUGUGGAAUACAGAGUUUUUAUAGGCCCCGGAGUAACCCUGACGGCUACGGUGUCAUGCCCCAUUGUCUAGUUCCAGGGACCGUUGACAAAACAGAGUAUGAAAGCUUUGAUGGCAGAGAAUGGGAGUCGUCCAUGGCGAAACACCCGUCCAUUAGCGAGCGUUCAAAACUGCCUGAAUAAUUACGCCUGAAAUAAUUAUACAUUGUUAUCUCCCCCUGCUUUGUUUCAUUUCAUCCUUAGUUAGGCUUCAAAUUGACCCAAAAGAGAAUGUUGAGACGAACACUUUGUUUAAAUAAAUAAAGCUGCUUUA